GCAGACCUUAAUUCCUUAUAUAAUAGUUUUACGACCACUGCAGUAGUGUAACUUUUCCAAACGUUUCCUAUUUGAGAUUUAGAAAUUGACAGAUUGGCUCAAGGCGAAUUCAUACAUUUAUAAAUUCGCCUUGAAUUGACUAUUUUUCAAUUUGGCGGUUGGAUUUUCAGUUGUCCCGUUUAUCUGAGUUAAUUUGUUAAACGAUUUUGUUAUAUUGUGUGUAUUUUCGAUGUUAAAGUGAUAAUUUGUAUGUCUGUCUUUUCUUUAUUAAUGUUGUAUGAAGUGUAUUUUAAUAAAUAAGUUUAAAUCAAAUCAGACUAACAAAAAUCUGCGAAUAAAAUGAGCGCUUUCGAGGUGGUGCUUACUCCGACACACCCAAAAUGCAAGAAGCGAAUAGAAUCUCGCGAGCCUACCGACGUUGUAAUGGCGCCGUUCUCCGCCAAAUCCAUUGUAACAUUCGAAGAUGUGCCAGUUGGAAAGACGGCGCGACGUAUUUUACGUAUAGUCAACCCCUCUGAGGAUAAUAUAGAAGUCCGUGUUAUAAAGCCAAUAAGCGAGGAAUACAAUGUUUCAAUUAGUUGGGACGAAAUCGUUAUACCCCGAUCCAAAACUGUAGAGAUGGAGAUGGUAUGGAAUCCUUUGGAACAAUUCACUUGUAAAGAAACAUUACAACUUUUGGAUAACAGAAAUUUUCGUAAGGAUGUUAUGGUGAUAAUGAAAACCCGCGUAACCAAUCCUAUUAAGAGUGUUCGAAAAUUUCCUACUAUUUCGACUAGUAACAGCAGUUAUGUGAGAACGCUACGUCUCAAGUCCCCGAAAGGUGCCACAAAAUCGCACAAAUCCAGCUCAGCACAGACACAAUCGCGCAAACCACCCACAACAACUACUCAAAGGGCAGGUAAACCGCCUUCUGCCCCAUCAACCACACGGGUACGCGCGCCUCCUCCGAGAUCAGUAUGGGCAGAUACUAAAUGUAAUUUACGUGAAGAACAGAAACGCGAAGUGUUCGAUGAAAUUACUAUAAACUUUACUCACACAUCUCCGCUUUCUGAGCGAAAUAUUUACGCGCGCAACAAAGCUGUGAAUGCUGCUAUGCCCACAGUUUCUUCAAACAAAUCACCGGUUCUGCUUACACACAAAGAAAAUGUUAGUCCUAUGACUCCUAGCAAUGUCAUAAAAAUGUUCGACAAGAUUCAGUUCACACCUAUAAACAGUGGUGAUGUGAAAAGUGGUAUUGCUGGACAUCACGAUUUGGAUAAUUUAGCCAGUUGGCCAACACCUGUUAGCGUGGAUUCGGUGAAGGUUAACUUAUCAACCAUGCGACCACGGCGGUUAACUUCGGCCAAUGAGUCCGCUGAUUUCCUUGAGAAUACUAAUACCACUCAUAUGACAGUCGAGUUUCAUAUGGAUCAAAAAUCGCCUGGCAGCGCUGUUAUUACAAAUAAAACUUUUGAAGUAAGACACGAAAAUAUUAAUAUAUCAACAGAUUCCUUGGACACACCCGUUUGUUAUGGUAUUACGCUUAACAAGACCACUACAAUUACCACAACUCCAAAGUCGCGCCCACUAGCUAUGAUAGAAGAGGAAGACACUAGCCUUUGCAGUGGAGAACCUGAGAAAACUUAUGUGAAAAACAAAAGUGAGAUAGUAGCCGAAUCAAGUCCUGUGCGUGGGGAAGAAGAUCUGUUACGCGACAUUAAAUUAGUAGGCACACCUUUGCGAAAAUACUCCGAAUCAAUGAAAGAUCUUUCAUUGCGUUCACCAAGUAAGCGUUACUCGGCUAGUCAAGGUUCUAUGCCGAAUCUGAAUGAAAUGGAAUGUAUUCGGUCCAUCGAGCAGAAUCGAUACUUUUUCAAUAAUCGCAUGCCAUCGCAAGGGGGUUUAAUCUCGGAAGCAAGUACCCCUAUCUACCCACCACCCAAAAUUUGUGAACCCAAUACCCUAGGCAACGAAUCUGCAUAUGUCGAUUUAGGGAUUAUGUCCCAAGCCGAUCUCGCUUUUAAUCAAAGCGAAAUAUUAGCGCAAUCGAGUCGUUUUAAUUUAAAUGAAGUUGGCGUAAAAUCGCGUCGCAGUAGCCCAGUUCCUGUGUCUGGCAAAUGGCGAGAUUUACGUGGCGUGUCACCCAAAUCAUCAAAAGUUAAAUUGUCUGAGUAUUCGCCAUCGAAAUCAAACAAGCGAAAUUCACAGGAUCUAUCUUUUUCCGAUGCGCCAAGCAGUGAAUCUCUAGCGACUACUUCCAGCGAUAAAUCGUCAGUUAGGAGCCCUUCUUCUAAAUCCAAAAAUGCACCAUCUUCCAACAAAAAUAUGAGCCUGAUUUUGGUUUCGCCACCAAAGCGGCAGCGUGUAGAUAAUGAUUUCACUUUUGAGCGUCCGUCAAUACCUGGUUUAUCGCGCUCCAAAAAUUGGUCACGUACUCAGGUGAAAAAGAUGAAAAUAGUAGAGCCAACUACACCAAAAAAGGUCAGUCCACCAAAUAUUCAACUCUCACCAUUGACUUCAGAGAAGCUCUAUGAUCCAGAGUUGUACCUACAAUUCUGCAUUAACCCCGAUCCUUUUGCUGCAAGCACUACUUGUGAUCCCUUUCUCGCUUCCACUAUGUAUUUGGAUGAAACAGCUGUGCAGAAACAUCAACAGGAUUUUAGAAAAUGGUUGAAUGCGCUGGUCACCAUACCAGCAGACAUGGAUGCCAACAGCGACGCCAAGAUCGAUGUGGGAAAACUAUUCAAUGAGGUGCGCCACAAGGAAUUAACAUUAGCGCCUACCAAAGAAGAGCAGUCUAUGGAUUAUAUGGUACAGCAUCGGCUGGAGGUUGUUAGACGUGCAGCCGUUUAUUUGUAUUUGAGCGAAGAGGUGCGUGAACCCUGCUCGAAAGUGGCAGUGUAUGUAAACAAAAAGGCAAUACGUAUACGAAACGAUCGAAAUUUGCAUCUCGAUGUGGUAAUGCAGCGGUAUAUACUUGAACUGCUGCUCUGCUUCAAUCCAAUGUGGCUACGCAUAGGCUUGGAAGUGGUGUAUGGGGAGAAAAUACAUUUGCGUUCAAAUACCGACAUUAUUGGACUCAGCACCUUUAUACUGAAUCGCCUUUUCCGCGACAAGCUAUUAGAGGAGAAAUAUUCGCGCGCUUAUUCGCUAUCGGAGGAAUACGCAGAGUAUAUUAAAAAGUAUACGCUGACUAAAAUGCUAUGUCUACUGCUAUUUCUGGAUAAAGCCAAGCAAAAGCGCAUUAUCAAAUACAAUCCGUGCCUCUUUGUCAAGAAAUCGCCCCAUAAGGAAACAAAAGAAAUUCUGCUAAAAUUUUCAUCAGAGUUGCUUGCAAAUAUGGGCGAUAUUACCCGAGAUUUGAAACGACUCGGCUAUGUGCUGGAGCAUAAGCAGUGUUUCCUAGACGAAUUUAAUUACGCCUUCCAAAAUCUCGCCGUUGAUCUGCGAGAUGGUAUACGCCUGACGCGCGUCAUGGAGAUAAUAUUGCUGCGAGAAGACCUCAGUAAACAGUUGCGCGUGCCGGCCAUAUCGCGCUUGCAGAGAAUUUACAAUGUAAAUUUGGGAUUGAAGGCCUUGAGUGAGGCUGACUUUAGGUUGCAAGGCGACAUUACUGCAGCAGAUAUUGUCGAUGGACACCGGGAGAAGACGCUUUCCUUGCUUUGGCAGAUUAUCUAUAAAUUCCGCUCGCCGAAAUUCCACGCAGCGGCACGCGUUCUUCAAAAGUGGUGGCGCAGCAAGUGGCUAGGUGUGUGGGUGAAGCGACGCAUACAUGAGAAAGAGGAGCGCCGUCGGCAGCAAGCUGCAACCACGAUUCAAGCGUACUAUCAUGGAUACAUAUCGCGUCGCUGGGUGGAGUUAUAUCGCCGAGAGCGCACUGAAGCUGCGGUGGUAUUACAGAAGCACACUAGACGACACUUGGCACAAAAGCACUACAAACGUACUAUAACCGCAGUGUGUAAGAUUCAGCGUUGGUACCGUGCGUGUGCGCUCGGUGUCAGCUAUCGUCGGCACUUUGCUGUCUUACGCUGUUGUACCGUAUUCAUACAGCGCUGCUAUCGCCGCCGUUUACUUUCUAAAAAGCUGCUACUUGUCGCCGACGAAUAUCGCCGUUACUGUGAAGAAAAUCAUAACAGAGCAGCUUCUUGCAUACAAAAAUAUUGGCGCGAUCGCUGUGUUACGAAGAGGUACCGCGAGGCGUUCCUGAAGUUGAAAAACAGCCAUGAGGACCAGGCCUAUCACAGAAUCCAUCGUAGCGUCGAUUUUCGUGAAACCUACGAAAGUGCUACCACAGAAUCCGAAUGGCUACGAACGUAA